GCCAUGGGCAUGCACAGACGCUUCGCCUUCCUCCUCUUCCUCCUCCUCAGCCUCCGUGCCCCAGGGACAUCUGUGAGAGCAGCAGCCCUGCCUGACCUGCCACGCAUGGUGGCCCUGAGCGAGGAUGCGGUGCCGGGCACCCGCGUGGCUGAGGUGACCGUGUCCUGCAGCAACGCGAGCGGCAGCCCCAACGUCACCCUGCGCGGCAUCGAGCCUGGCCACCCUUUCAACCCCAUCGCCAUCAGCACUGACCCCGUGGCUGCCACCACGUUCCGGGCAGAGGUGACACUGCGUGCCGGUGCGGAGCUCGAUGCCCACCGGGUGAACCAGUACUCCCUGACGCUGCGGGCAGCUUGUCCCGGUGAGGACGCGGUGGAAGAGCGGCUCUUUGUGCGGGUGACAGCGGGGCAGGAGCUGCGCUGUGACACCCCCUUCGCCAGCGCGGGGGGAGAUGUGGUGCAGGUGUUGGCAGAUGUGGCACCCCGGACACCCCUUUACGCGGUGCUGCCGCAGCCGCUUGGCGGGCUGACGUUCAGGCUCCAGAACCACGACACGCCGCUCACGCUCACCCACCGGGGCCUGGUGCUGGCGCCUGCCGGGGGCUUCAACCCCAGCGAGGACAUCCAGACAUUCAGGCUGGAGAUCGAGGUGAUGGACCGCCACGGGCACAACUGCAGCGGGACUGUGAGGGUGGAGGUGCUGCCAUCGCGCCGUCCCCGUGUCACCUUCCUCGAGCUGCAGCGGGCUGUGACAGUGCCAGAGGGCACCGGCCCCUUGGAAGUGGUCACACAGGUCCAUGCCAGUGGUGACAACGUCCGCUACGCCAUCCUCGCUCCCGUGGCACCUGUGCUCUUCACCAUUGACGAGGUGACGGGUGAGAUCCGCAGCACCCGCCGGCUGGAGGUGGCCCACGCACGCCUCCUCGUCCGCGCUUACAAUGCGCUGCACCCCGCCGACCACGCCACCGCCACGCUCAACGUCACCGUGCAGGGGACGGACCGGCAGGCACCGAGCUGUGUCCCAGCCAUCUCUGUGUCCCAGGUGCCUGAGACGGUGUCCCCUGGCAGCACCCUGGUGACACUGAGGUGCACUGACUCCUCGGGCACCGAAGGGUCUCUGCACUAUGAUCUUGAGGGUCCUUCAGCCUCCCACUCCCGCUUCCGCAUGGAGGGGCCGCAGCUGCAGGUCAACACCAGCCUGGACUAUGAUUCAGAGGCCGUGGCUGCUGGUGGCUUCCAGUUCACGACCACCAUCGUGGUGACGGCGGGAGGGCAGCCCCCACGGAGCACCCGUGUGCCCGUGCUCGUGACAGUGACACCCGUCAACGAAUUCACACCGGUGUGCCCCAGCGGUGCUGCCUUCACCGUGCCAGAGACGGCAGCUUUCGGCAGCAUCGUGGGGCGCGUGGCCGGCACUGACCGUGACUACCCACCGGACAGCCUCAAGUACAGCCUGGAGGGGGGCCCCGGCCCCUCACAGCCCUUCUCCAUCGACACACGCACCGGUGAGAUCCGUGUGGUGGGACCCCUCGACUCCCAGCAGCACAAGAGCUACAGGCUGACGGUGCGGCUGACGGACACCAACAACGACCUGGACCCAUCCAAGCGGCGGAGCCGCCUGUGCGACGUGGCCGUGCGCCUGCAGGCUGUGCCGGACCAGGCGCCGGUGUGCACGCCCGAGGUGCAGGAGCUGCGGAUCACGGCCGGGUCGGGUGGCCGCCAGCCUGUCACCCGCCUGGCGUGCCAGGGCAGCCCCGACAGCGCCGUGCUGGCAUACGCCAUCGCUGGAGGCAACGAGGAUGGGCGCUUUCAGCUGGAGGGGAACACCCUUUUCUACCUUCCCGAUGGCCUGGCCGAGCCCCGCACCUUUGUGCUGCUGGUGGAGGUGUGGGGCAGCCCGGGUAACCCCCGCCGCAGCACCGUGGUGGCACUGGUGGUGCACAUCACCCCCCGGAGCACCCCGGUGCCACCCAGCACCACCACCCAGCGCACGACGCUGCGGAAGGAGCCGCUGGUCGUCACGCAGACGGAGGCGGUGUGGCACCCCCCGGCCUGGUUUGUGGCCGUGCUGACUGUCUCUGGUGUCCUGCUGCUGGCCACCCUGGGCUGCGUGGCCCGGAGCCUGCUGUGCAGCAACCAAGACCCUGGCAAGCUGCUCUUGAGAAAGAGCUCCUGGGAUGUGGUGGAGCGGAGAGGCGGUGAGAUGGAGCAGAACCAGCCCCACGCUGGCAGCCCGGGGCAGUUUGACGGUCGUGCCCGGGACCCUCGCACCGGCAGGGACUAUCUCUUCAACAGCGUGACUGGGGCACGGCGCUGGAUCUGAGUGAUUUGACUCGCUCCCGGGGAAAUGAAGUGCUGGCGGGAUAAGAGGAAAGACUAAUUUGGGGAGUAGGUGGCUAAGCAGGAGGAAGAGG